GUGCAAAUAUUUAUGCAAGAUACCGGGUGGGGGAAAAAAAAAAAACAGGAUUCUCCCACAGUCAAAUCACCCGCUUGUACAGUCGCUUCACCAGCCUAGACAAAGGAGAAAAUGGCACUCUUAGCCGUGAAGACUUCCAGCGGAUUCCAGAGCUUGCCAUCAAUCCACUGGGAGACAGAAUUAUCAAUGCCUUCUUUCCAGAAGGAGAGGACCAGGUGAAUUUCCGUGGAUUCAUGAGGACACUAGCCCACUUCCGACCCAUAGAAGAUAACGAAAAGAGCAAAGACCAGAAUGGACCAGAACCACUGAACAGCCGAAGUAACAAGCUCCACUUUGCUUUUCGGUUAUAUGAUCUAGAUAAAGAUGACAAGAUUUCCAGGGAUGAGCUUCUUCAGGUAUUACGGAUGAUGGUUGGUGUAAACAUUUCAGAUGAGCAGCUGGGCAGCAUUGCUGACAGGACAAUCCAGGAAGCUGAUCAAGAUGGGGAUAGUGCCAUCUCCUUUGCAGAGUUUGUAAAGGUUUUGGAGAAGGUGGAUGUAGAGCAGAAAAUGAGUAUUCGAUUUCUUCACUGAUGGAUGGAGAACCUAUUCCUUUCUACCCCUACUAUAUAAUGAAUAGAACUUCAUUUUCUCCUUAGCACCUUCCCCCAGAGCAUUGCUACUGGUGCAUAUACAAUACAUCUCCAACCCCUCCCUGAUUUGUUCUACCAAUGUGAACAUUCCCUGUGCAUCAGGAACAAAGGGAAAUGGCUGCCAUGCAACUUGGAAAGGAGCAUUUUAUUUUUUAUUUGAAAUCUUUUCUGUCCAUUUUUUUACCCUUUCUCCCUUGUCUCCUUCUGCACUACUGUUUCAGCAAAAAUGUCUCUCCUUACGUACUGCUGUUUAAUCUACAAACUGAUUCUUCUGAGCUCUGAAUCUGAGAAUGGAAAUACAGGAACACGCCACAGAAGUGCCCUCUGAAACACUUUGGAGACAAGCAUCUACUCAAAUACUAGGUGCAGUGGUAAUGAUUCACUUUUGCUUCCAGUAGCAACACCACAUUUUCUUUUUCCCCCCUCUUUUGGCUCUUUACAUGCAGAUUUGUUUCUUCCCUGCUUC